GCCCAGAGCGCCAAGUGGGAGCCGACAUGCGUCGCGUGUAUGGAUCCAACACUUCACAUGACCCAAUCCGACCUUUCCAUUGUCUUCCUCCCCCUCUCUCGCUCGCCAAUGGCACUGGAGAAGUAGCGGACAUCAGUAUGGUCUUUUUUUCUCCUUACGUACACGACUCGUUGGAGGAUUGGGUUCGGUUUGAUUGACUGCAGUGACAAGAUCUGGUUUGUCCGACGCUGAAUGAUGCGAUGAUGGAGAGGGGCAGAAAGAAUCAGAAGUGCAGCUCCUUCUGCAACCCCUCGACGCCCGGGGCGACGGCCGCCGCCACGAGCAUUAGCGGCGGCGGAGCGUAUGGAGGCGACGUGAACGCCGGGAUACUGGACGAGACGGUGCUGAUGCUGGUGUUCCGCAGCCUCAACUGGGAUCCGCACGUCAUCUGCGUGGCGGCCUGCGUCAGCCGUCGCCUCCGCGCCGUGGCCCGCCGCGUGCUCUUCCGGGAGCUGUGCAUCUCCCGGGCACCGCGCAUGGUGUCCGCGCUCACCUCGGGCGGCGUGGCCCCCGCCGGCCGCCUCGGCGGCGGGUGGCACGCCCUCGCCAAGCUCCUCUUCUUCUGCUGCGGCUGCGCCGCCCCGACACGCUUCUUCACCCCCGACUGCGCCGCCCCGGGCCACUUCAUCGGCGUCUCCCGCUUCUCCAAGACCUCCGGCCGGUCCUUCCUCGCGCGCCGCUGCUGGGGCGACCUGCUCUUCGUCAGCGAUCCCUGCGAGCACCCGGCGGCUGGUCGGGGAGGCGGCGAGGACCUGGGAGCCUACCGCGGGGUGUUCCGCGGGUUCAUGAGGUCACGGACGCGGGCAUGGCUGAUAGGGAAGCAAGCGGAGCUGGAAACCCGGGUGCGCUGCCCCUACUGCGGCGCCCGGGUGUGGAGCAUGACGGCGGCGGGGCUCGUGCCCAGGAGCGCAUCGAAGAGGCUGGGCUCCCACGAGGGGAGAUUGGAGUACUUCGUUUGCGUGAACGGCCACCUGCAUGGCUACUGUUGGUUGGCACAUUUGUCGACGGACGACGACGACGAGGAAGAUGACGGAGAUGACACCGGCGACGAUGGCAAGCAUAACGAGGAAGACGCAGAGCGAAAUGUUGAGUUCUGAGGAGUCGUGCUCUAUCAUUUUUGCCACAGCGGGAGACAACAGUAGUUGCUGCGGAUUCUAUCUGCUCUGCGAUCUGCUCUCCUUCCGUGCUCUGUUUCCAGCAUGUUGCUCUGAUAUGGAAUGCGAUCAGUCCCAAUUGUUUGUUAGAUUCA